CUGGAAUGAGCUACGUCAUUAACACGCGCCUGGUUCAGUAUGGACAACACAUGAGAGCAGGGUGCUUCAUGUUGUUGGGUAGAAGUUGAACGGUUACAGUAAAGAAACAGAGUUAAUUAGGGUUUUUAAAUAUCUUUAUAUUUGUGUUGAUGAAUUCUCAAAAAGGAAAAACUACAAAUCGUGAAAAACCUUUCGAGAGGACUACAAUCCAGAGGACAUGUCUCUGUUUCUUGUGAACAGGUAUCUCGGAGAGGAGGAAGAUGGCAGCAUCUCAAAGGAGUCUCGGUCUCAGGCGUUGUUGGCUAAACUGAAGCAGAAAGCAAAGGAGAAGCAGAGUUUCACAGAACAGAAACAUGAACCUGAAGAACAGAAACAACAACAGGAUGUCAAAAGGAAAAGAAAAAGUGACAAGAAGGACAGUGAAGAGCGUCAGAGUCCUAAAAAAAGGAAAUCAGAAAUAGGAAAGAAUUCAGUCUUAGACUCUGAUAACCAGGAUAAGCCUGUGGAAGAGAAGAAGAAGAAGAAGAAGAAAGAAGAAAAACAGAAAAAGAAGAAGAAGAUAAAGGAGGAUCAGUCAGGCGGUUCAGCCGAAGGUGUGGAGGACACAGCUGUAACAGAAAGAGACAGACGGGAGGACACGGGAGGAGUAAAAGAGGAGGCAGAGACAGAAAAUGAGACACCGAAACAACCUCCUGCACCGACUGGUUUCAAAGUUCUGGGAGGGUUUGAGAGCAAACCAGUUCAAAAGGUCCACAGAGUCCUGCCUCAGUGGCUCGCUCAGCCGGACGUGAUUCACAGAGACAUCAAAAGUAACCUCAUCUCCAUUUCUGACAUCCCGGGACUGUCAGCCCAGCUGGAGAAAAAAAUACAAAUGAAUGGGAUUCAGCAUCUCUUUCCAGUGCAGGCCGAGGUCAUCCCGGCCAUCUUGGAGAGUGCACAGACGGGGUUUCUGAUUGGACGAGGAGGAUACAAGCCCAGAGAUAUCUGUGUGUCCGCACCAACAGGCAGUGGCAAGACUCUGGCAUUUGUCAUACCUGUCGUACAGGUGCUGAUGGAGCGGGUGGUGUGUGAAGUUCGGGCUCUGGCUGUGCUGCCGACCAAAGAGCUGGCUCAGCAGGUUUGUAAAGUGUUCACAUCGUACGCUGAGGGGACCGGCCUGAAGGUGGUGAUGUUGGCCGGUCAGAAGACGUUUGCUGCUGAGCAGGCCUCGCUCUCCAAGCUCAGAGGCGGGCUGAGACGCAGUUUAGCAGACAUUGUCGUGGCCACUCCAGGCCGACUGGUGGAUCACAUCAACAAGAAUUCAGGCUUUAAUCUGGAGCACCUCAGAUUCCUGAUUAUCGACGAGGCUGACAGGAUGAUUGACAGCAUGCACCAGUCGUGGCUCAGUCAGGUGGAGAAGGCCGUGUUCAAGCCAGAAAGUGGAGCGGACGCCUCGUCCAUCUUCAGACGAGCUGAGCCCACACAUGUCACAGCAGCCAGUCUGUCUCCUCCUCAGAUGCCGCUGCAGAAGCUUCUGUUUUCAGCCACACUCACACAGAACCCUGAGAAGCUGCAGCAGCUCGGCCUCCACCAGCCCCGACUCUUCAGCUCCAUCAACAGCCAGACUAGCUCCACGCCAACUACCCCCUCCCAGAAACAAGACCGCUUCGACUUCCCCCAGGGUCUGACGGAGUAUUAUGUUCCCUGCACGCUCAACAAGAAGCCCCUCCUCAUCCUCCACUUCAUCCUGCGCCUGAAGCUCACCCCCAUCCUCUGCUUCACCAACUCCAGAGAAACGGCACACAGGCUCUUCCUGCUGAUGCAGCUCUUUGGUGGCGUUCAGGCCGCAGAAUUCUCCUCACGGCUCUCUCCUGGUGAGAGGAAGAAGACGCUGAAGGAGUUUGAACAAGGAAAGAUCCAACUGUUGAUCAGCACAGACGCAGCAGCUAGAGGCAUCGACAUCACCGGGGUCAAAUGUGUUGUGAAUUAUGACGCACCUCAGUACAUCAGGACCUACAUCCACAGAAUCGGAAGAACGGCUCGAGCAGGGAAAGCAGGCCUGGCCUUCACCUUUCUGCUCGGAGUUCAGGAAAAGAACUUCCUCCAGAUGGUGAUGGAUGCAGGGAGUCCUGGGGUUCAGAAGCAGAUCGUCAAACCGGAGAACCUGAAGAGUAUGGAGGCCCGAUACAAACAAACACUGCAGGAGCUCGCUGACGUCAUCAAGGAGGAGAAAGCCAAAUGAUGGAACAACACUUCUGUGAGCCGACACCUGAAGAUCCCUCUGAACUUUUUUAUGUUGUUUAAUAAAUCAUAAAAAUCCUG